UAUCAUGUCUAGGAUUAGUGAGAGAGACAUGAUGUGAAAACCCUAGCCGUCACCCUUUAUAUCUUCCUCCCGUUUCGGCUCCUUACUCAGCACUUUUGAGUGAGAUUCCUUGUGGUGCUGGUCUCUUUGUCUCCUACGAGGGACAAGAGCUUGCUGGAGAAUCGAGACUCUCGGGUUGGAAAGUUGUGGGAAGCAGCGGACCGGCGCUUGGAUUCUUCAACUAAGCGUCCGGGACUGAGCGACGCUGGAAUCUGAGCUGCCGCUCCUGGUGGUAGGCGACGCCGCGGCAAGGAAGUGAGGGAGAAGAAGAAAGACAUCAACUUGACGACCUGCAGCAACCCAGGGGAAACCCAUGCACGCUGGUGGAUGCAAAUGUUGUGUCUGGUAACACUUGUUGAGGAGGGUCAGUAACUAAGCAAGGAGGCACAGUAGGUGUUUGAUACAAUGCAUGACAGAACUACCGGCAAGGCUGGGUUAGGCUCGUCUGUGAAUGGAGUUUAUGUUGAGAUCCCAGCACACAACCUGGACAAAGUGGAGGAUGCUUGGGGGUUUUGCCUCGUCGGAUAUUUUCCAGCUAGAUUACCAGGCAAGGCGGUGGCUGUUCAGAUGCUUUGUGAUUCUUGGAAUGUGUCUUGCUCUCAUGAGGUUCACUCCAGUGGAUGGCUAAUUUUCAAAUUUAACAAUGAAAACGAUAGGAAAAGUGUGCUGAUUGCGGGGCCAUAUUUCUUGUUUAGAAGACCCUUGUUGCUGAAGAACAUGCCAGAAUUUUUCAAAUUCGAUGACCAUGAGAUUAAACAUGUCCCGGCGUGGAUAAAGCUCCCUGGUUUGCCUCUAGAAUGUUGGAAUGAAACAUGUCUGAGUAUGAUUGUGUCCAAAGUAGGGAAACCACUUCAUAUUGAUAAGAAGACUCAAACAAAGAAGAGAAUCUCUCAUCCCCGGAUGCUUGUGGAAGUUGAUGCCUCAAAGGAACUUGUUCGAAAUGUAACAAUCCGCCUUCCAGAUGGGGAAUUCGAUCAGAGAGUUUUUUUUGAAUGGGAGCCGAAAUUUUGUGACCACUGCACAAUGUUCGGGCAUGAUACAAACAGUUGUUUUAGAGGACCGUGGGCCACAGAUUGGACAUAUCAACCAAAAGAGAAUAACACCAUACCUACAAGCACUGCUGGUCAGACGGCCACGGCCGGAAAGGAAGCCGGUGGGUCACAGAAUGGAAGGGUAUGGGCUGAGGUUGCUGAAAGUAGCUUCAUUCCAUGUCAGAAUCAGGAAUUCCAACAAUCAAAAUCCGAGUUGCAUGAUGCAACUGAGCUAAGUUGCAGGAAGGAGUUGAAUCCCAAUCAGAAGCCGCCAAUCAUACGGCUGGAACAAGAUGAUCAGCAAGCAGAUGACGCCGAAAACCAGCAGCAAGCCAAGGAAAAGAUGACAGUGGUGCAAGCUCCAACUAGGGAAAAAUCUAUGAGUGAUGGAAUCGAAGAUGGAGACCAAGUUGCAACCAACCAAACUAAGACCAUGAAAAGGAAGGAGCAUCCAAUUCUAGAAUUUUUUGAUGACCCAUUAUGCAUCAGUGAAGGUCCAAUUACUAGGUCUAGAGCUAAAAAGAUGAAAGAAGCAUGUUAAAUCAAAAUUGCAGUUGAAGCAUAUUUAGAAAAGAGGAAAUCAUGCAGGUUAGUAAUCAAGUAAUCUAUCACAAGUCUUAGAUGAGUUUAAUUUGUCAAAUUAUUGUAGUAGGCACAAUUCUAUAACGUGUAAACCCAAUUUUUGGCUUUAUUUAAUUUGGGUUGUAAUGAUGACAUAAAUCCAAAUUAGCAAGUAAUCUAUUAGGGUUUUUUCUAAA